AUGGCUUGCCAGUCCCAUGGAGUGUCUGGCACAGUACACUGGGCCACUUCAAACCGUUUGAGGAAGCUUUCCAACCUUACGAGCUCGUUCCGGGCUCGUUCCGAUGUCAUCGAAAGCCCUUCACCUGGUGCCGGAGAGGCUGCCGCCGCUUGCCUGGCAGAGCUCACGGCAACGUUGACCGUGCCGCUGCUUGACCGUGGCUCCGCCAAGCAAGGCUUCGAGGAGCAUUUGGAGGAGUGGCGAGCACAACGGGUGCCCAGGGACCUCUUGCCCGCGAUCAAGGAUGGGCUUCUGAGCGUGAGCUACCUGGAAAGACCUCCUGAAGAUUGGUGGAGCUGA